AUGGGAGCAGUGAAACUGAUUGGAUCUUAUACAAGCCUGUUCUGCACAAGGGUUGAAUGGGCUUUGAAGCUUAAAGAAGUGCAGUAUGAAUACUUAGAAGAUGAUGUAUUCAAUAAAAGUCCCCUCCUUCUUAAGCACAACCCUGUUCACAAGAAGGUCCCCGUUCUUGUCCAUGAUGACAAACCAAUUGCUGAGUCACUUGUCAUCCUUCAAUACAUCGAUGAGACGUGGAAAGAUAAUCCCUUACUGCCUCAAGAUCCUCAUGAAAGAGCCACAGCUCUUUUUUGGGCUAAAUUUGCUGACGAGAAGUGUUUGGUAGAAGCAUAUACGGCUGCCUGGACUGAGGGAGAAGAAAAGGAGAAGGCCAUAAAGUCUGCUCAAGAAUCAUUUGCAUUUCUUGAGAAGCUGAUUCAAGGGAAGAAAUUUUUCAGUGGAGAUGAUAAGAUAGGCUAUUUGGAUCUAGCAAUGGGUUGGAUUCCUCUCUGUAUAGAUGUUAUGGAAGAAGUUGGAGGCAUGAAACUGGUUGAUGCUGAGAAGUUCCCAUCUCUUCUUGAAUGGGCUCAGAACUUCAUUGAAAUCCCACUCAUCAAAGAACGUCUUCCACCAAGAGAUGCUCUCUCCAACUACUUCAGUAUAAUUGUGAGCUACACGCGUGCACACAAGCAGUCAUUGUUUAAUAGUUCAACCAUGGUCACCAGACUUUCGAGCAUCAGAAAAGAGGAUUACCGAGGUGGUAGUUUGGGUUUAUUUCUCGAAUCUUCCAAUCAGCUGUUACCAUCCUCGAAUUCUAUCUACAAUGGGAGAUAUAAUUGUCUAGAGUAUAUUAAGCUUUGGCCAUUCAAGGUCAUUGUUGGUCCUAGUGACAAGCCAAUGAUUGUGGUUGCCUAUAAGGGUAAGGAGAAGCAGUUUGCAGCUGUGGAGAUUUCAUCUAUGAUUCUCAUUCAGAUACGUGAGAUUGCUAAAGCUUACCUUGGCUCCACUGUCAAGAAUGUUGUGGUUAUGGUCCCUGCUUACUUCAAUCACUCUCAAAGACAGGCCACAAAGGAUGCUGGUGUUAUUGCUAGUUUGAAUGUUAUGUGUAUUAUCAAUGAGCUUACUACUGCCGACAUUGCUUAUGGAUUUGACAAGAAGGCAACCAAAUUUGAGAAGAAGAAUAAGAAGAAUAUUAGUGGAAAUCCUAGAGCACUUAGGAGGUUGAGAACUGCUUGUGAGAGGGUGAAGAGGACUCUCUCAUCUACUACUCAGAUAACUAUUGAGAUUGAUUCCUUGUUUGGGGGUAUUGACUUUUAA